GAGAGAUCUUGUGAAUAAUUCUCACUGAGCUAUCGAUCAUUAGCUUGAAUCUAUUGAAUUCUCACCGGUUUUACUCAAAACUUGUAGUGGCUAGAAUUUCAGCUGUCCUCUCCGCUUCCGAUUAAGUUCAUCUGUGUUGUGAAUCGUCUUUUAGUCAGAAAGUAUAUCUCGCAAUCAGUAUGAAAACAAGCUUUGCUUGAACGUGUGCCAUAAAUUCUACCGGCAAUUCGUCGUGUUUCAUUUAAUAAUUUUUUUAUUGUGUUUCGUGAUAUUCCAAGAAAAUAAAGAUGCGCUUAUGCCUAUGGUGCAUAUCCUUCGUAUUUCUGUGCUGUUAUGGUAUUCAAAAUGGGUUUGCUUACAAAAUACCACCAGUUCAACUGGAGCUGAAAGAAGAAGGAUUUCUAGUUUCGAUACCGCAUGACGAUGGAAUCACUAUGGCAAUAUAUAACAUUGAGAUUAAUGAACAAUGCCCGUUAUUAUUGGAUUUGUUAACUAAACCAAUGAACAAUCGUUGGACAACUAAACAAGUCGCUCGUAAAUUGCAAAAUAAUGCUAAAGUGAAAAUAAAUCUACUAAUAAUGCAUAAGGAGGGUAUAUAUUCACGAACCGAUAGCGUAAGACUCUUGGACAAUAAUAUCAUUCAUGAAACUAUUAAGGAAGCCGACAAACCGAUCGAUCCAUGUACCGCAGCUAAACCACAACUAAAUGCCGAUGGUGUUAUUAAAAAUAGCGAAACUAAAGUUUUUAUAAACCAAAAACCUUCUAGAAGAAUAUUCAAACCAAAUGACUUGAUUUUUGAAGAGCUUUUCAAAUCACCAAAACUAUCCAACUGGAAUCGUGGAAAUUAUCUUCACUCAAAUGCAAUAGGUGAUCGAUCUGAAGACUUUACAGCUGUAAGGGAUGAUAAUUCGUGUAUGACUGUAAGCCGUGAAACUUUACUAAUAACACCUAUAAUAUCGCAAGCGAAAAAUAAAGCAACCAUUGAACUCAAAAAUUGUAAACAGCCUGUUUGCUAUGAAAACAAUACUUUUACUUGCGCAUAUGUACAACAUAAAAACAGGUCAUAUGCAUAUCCCCCACCAGUAAACACGUCGAGAAUCGACACAAAUGGAAAAUUCAGUUUUACAUAUGGACGUAUUGAAAUAUAUGCAACCUUGCCCUACGGUGAUUGGCUAUUCCCCUAUAUGAUGCUUGUGCCUGACAAUCUCAGUUGUACUACGCGAAAACAACUCCGAAUAGCUUUCGCCACGUCAGUAGAUAUUGAAAAUAACCGAAUACGUGGUGGCCCAGUAAUAUUAAAUGGCCUACCUAAUAAAGGUAAAUUAUAUUUCGUUCGUACAAGUCAUAUGGCCGCCGGAAUGGAUUUCAACGCAAAUGGCUAUCACAACUUCACACUAGUAUGGACUUCAACCGAAAUACAUAUGUACGCCGACAAUAAGAAGUACGGUUGUUACAUUAAUAACGGCGAAUAUGCGGAACCUUAUCAUAUCGUUUUGGGCGUUGGAGCUGGGGGACACCUUGAAUUCGAGGAUACGAGAGCGAAGCCAUGGAAAAAUACACUAGAUAACGCAUUUGCUUUAUUCCAUCGAAGUUUCACAGGUUGUUGCGAAAAUGCGACUGUUAAAAAGGAAUGCCGUGAUUCAAAGAGAAAAAGAACAUGCAGCAGGGAGUGGGGUUCGCAGGCUGCCAUGGCUGUGAAAUAUGUGAGAGUGUACGCUGUGUAACAUUAUCUAUAUAUAUGUAUAUCUAGAUUUUUUUGAAUUCUUGUAAAUGCGCUACCACCCGAUUUCUAAAAAUAAAGAAAUAAUUCAAUUUA